UCCCAGAAGGGAGCUGCUGUCUGAGGAAGAAACUGCAUCUUCCCUCGGCAGCCACGAGAGGACCUGGGGUCGCGCUGGGCGCCCGACGGACCCUCCCCAGGGACCCGCCUGCCCCACACCGCCGGGCCGUGCCAGGCCCUCCGUGUCAGGUUCCCCAGCCGCAGCCUUACCUGCGGGCUCCAGAAUCCCCAGGGCUUCCAGAGGAUGCUUGGGCCACCGACGGGGACCUCGGGGCAGCAGUGAGGGGGGCAUCAAGCCCCCCAUUCCGCUCCUGUCCUCCUGUGCCAGGGGCUCCCCCGGGUAACGAGCAUGGUGGUUUUCCCUUGGAGCCCCCUGACGUGGUCCGUCUGAGAAGAUGCCUGCCAUGAGGCUGUUCACUUGCUUCCUGCAGCUCCUGGCUGGGCUGGCGCUGCCUGCUGUGCCCCCCCAGCAGUGGGCCUUGUCUGCUGGGAACAGCUCAUCAGAGGUGGAAGUGGUGCCCUUCCAGGAAGUGUGGGGCCGCAGCUACUGCCGGGCGCUGGAGAGGCUGGUGGACAUCGUGUCUGAGUACCCCAGCGAGGUGGAGCACAUGUUCAGCCCGUCCUGCGUCUCCCUGCUGCGCUGUACCGGCUGCUGUGGUGAUGAGAACCUGCACUGUGUGCCGGUGGAGACGGUCAAUGUCACCAUGCAGCUCCUGAAGAUCCGCUCUGGGGACCGGCCCUCCUAUGUGGAGCUGAUGUUCUCUCAGCACGUGCGCUGCGAGUGCAGGCCUCUGCGGGAGAAGAUGAAGCCAGAAAGGUGCGGUGAUACUGUUCCCCGGAGGUAACCAGCCCCUCGGAGGAGAGAGACCCACACUGGCUCGUGUAUUUAUUACCGUCACACUCUCAGUUACCUCCCUGCUGGCACCUGCCCUCUAUUUAUUAGCCAAUCAUAUCCCUGCUGAAUGACUCAUUCCCUCCCGGAGGAGGGGCAGGGAGGGACAGGACCCUCAGGAAUUCAGUACCUUAAACAGAACGUGAGAGAAAGAAAGAAGACAGACCCAUGUGGCUCCAGCUUGGGAAGAAGCAAGAUGUGUGGCUUUGUGAGGGGCAGGCCAGGCCCCGGAGGCCCCGGGGGCCUCCAGGAGGCUGGAGAGGGAAGACCUGGAGACCCACCGCCUGCCCCCGGGCCUUGGGCUCUGCACAGACCGGCAUCCCUUGCUGGGGGAGCUCCUGGCCGGGGUGGGGGUGGAGAAUGCUGCUCUGGCCACUGUGAUCCUGCUGGGAGGGAGGGCAGGUGCGCAGCAGCUCUGCAGCCUGGAGAUCAGAACCUUCAACUCUGGAGAACAGUGGUUGCCAGGGGCCUUUGCCACGCCUUGUCCGCUGGGUCUCGCCUCACGUCUUGCCACUGCUUGUGCUGGGACGUUGUUCUUUACGGCCAAGGUGUCACCAUCCUGUCCCUCUCAGGGACACAGGCAAAGAGUGGCCCCAGGCUGGACAUGGAGCAAGCUGCCCCUGCGUGGCUGCCUGACCACCCAGCCAGAUUCUCUUGAAUAAAGUAUUCUA